AUGGCUUUUUUCUAUUUGCUAUACACUUUUUUUGCAUGCAAUUAUUUUUUAAAAAAAUCUAUAGUUGCAUUCAAUAAAUUUUCAGCCUUUUUGACGUUUCAAAGAACAGCUGUAAAAAGUUAUGCGGCUUUUUUUCAUGAUCCCUUAGUUGAAGCUGGCCAAUUAUGAAUCAUAAACUCAAAAAAUAUAUAGGUUUAUUCAUUCAGAAACAGUGUGAAUUGCAUCCACUAUAUAAAAGUUUGCAGAAAAGAGGAAAAGAGUUUCUUACAAUAAAUAUUAGGAGGAUGGGAAGACUUCAGUGCAGAAAAUAAAAAUUAGCAUCGAAUUUUUUAAAAAUAGCAAGCCAAAAUUAAAACGGUUAUUAAAAAUAAGCUUUUGCUUACUCCCUCCCUCUCUGUGAGCGAACAAAACCAUUUGAAAAAUCCCUAUUUUUUAGCCCUUUCGAGAGUGAACAAAAAAAGUUUUAUGAAAAAAUUUUUGAGAUAUAAGUGAUUAUUAGUAUAAUGAAAUCUCUAGUUAAUUCUGUUUAAUUUUAAAAAAAUUGCAUUUUAAAACACAAAUUUUACAAAUUAAAUAUAUAUUUGCUUUCCAAAUUGAGAUUUUUUUAAUUUCGAAAUUUACUAUCGUUAUUUGCAGAUUUUUGAACAUUACCACCUAAAUUUGGAAUCUUUUCCGCGUGUGAAAAGAUGAUUCCACAUCUGAAGCCCUUUUGAUUUCACAUGUGGAAUUAUCUUUUCACACUCGGAAAAAAUUCCACAUUUAGGUGGUAAUGUUCAAAAAUCAGCAAAUAACGAUAUAAAGUUUAUAUAUGAUUUUUUUAAAAAAACUCUCAGUUUACGAACAAUACUUUUUAGUUAACUCAAGGAGGAGUUAGCCAUGUAAUUUUUAUUUCCUCAAUCUUGACUAACUGUCUCCAUGAACUCAUAUGAGUUCUUGAGUCACUAGAAAUUUUAAAUUACAGACAUCAUUAAUACAUGAAUUUUUAAACUUUUUCAAGUCUGAAUCUUGCUUUUCCCUGCAAGAAAUGCCUGUUGUAUUUGCAAGGGAAAAAACAAUUCUUAAUAUAUUAGCAAUCUACUAUAAAUCAAGGAAUAUUAGAAAUAUUGGAGUAUAUUAAUUUUCGAGCGAAUCUAGCAUAUUUAAGAAUCGGUUGUUGGUUUGGGUAAGGGUGGGAAUAAGUUUUAUGCUUGACCAGAAGCUAAUCAAUUUUCUUGGCAACUCUAUAAAGGAGGCAUUGUUAGCAAGGAUUGUGGAACAGCUUUAGACCAUGGUGUUUUGAUUGUAGGUUACAACUUUAGCAACUCCCCUCAAUACUGGAAAGUCAAGAACUCUUGGGGCCCAACUUGGGGAGAACAAGGAUACCUCAGAAUCGCAGUCAAGGCAGGAGCUGGUAUCUGUGGUAUCCAAAUGCAACCAUCAUAUCCAACAGUUUAA